AUCGUAGCAUGCUCUGCAGAAGAGGACUAGACAAACAAGUUCUGGCUAAGAGGUUACGGAAUGUACUGAACGCCAACAGCUCUCGGAGCUUAUCUAAGUUUGAUCACUAUUGGACUGCCUUGUCUAAACCUCAAGCCGACGAAAAGGAUAAAGUUCCAGCUGUCGCUGUCCAGGAGUACAGAGAGGCUGAAGCGGAAGGUAAGCAGUAUUUCUACAACAGAAACCCGCGGAACUCUGAACUACUGAACUUCAAGAGCAGGGAGUAUGGGUGGACCUCGGACGAGAGCAGAGUUUGCACUGAUUACUACAACAGGAUAGUUCUAGAAAAGACCGGGAAGCACAUAACAGCUAGGUUGGAGCACUUUGAGUCAGGGGAGCUGUUAACCGUCUCUACACAAGAACCCUGGAUCAAGUCCAGGCUCAAUAAAACCUACGACAGAAUUGCAGCACUGAAUGUGGGCAGGAUCCUAGCUCACAGGAUGAAAGGACUGGGCCUGAACAGUGCUCGUUUUUGGGAUCCUCAUCACAGCGAAUACAUAAGCGCUAAGACGGAAGCGUUCAUGUGCGGGCUGAAGAUGGAGGGUGUGAAGUUAGAGGAGGAGGAAGUGACUGAGCUGUUCUGGCAGACGGCCGAGGACGGAGAUUCUGCUCAUAAGUACCAUACUGACCAGGCUGAGCUCCUGGAAUAUCUUAAUCGCAAAGCUGAGGAAAGGAAAAAGCAGUAUGAAUGAAUAAUGAGGAAAAUUACCGGACGAUCUAUAUCGGAGGGACUGAUUUUGGUUUUUUGACAUUUUAUAAUUCUUAUUUCCAUUUACCAAUGAAGUAUGAACUGAAAUCAUUUGCGAUAUAUUUCAAUUUCGAGUCAAUAUUUAAGAAGUUGAAAUCUCUUCGUAUAC